AUGUUUAAUAUUCUGAUAUUAUUCUUCAAAUGGAAACCAAAAACUGAUGAAUAUGUUGCUGGCGGUGAUUAUUCUUCUAUGUUUGGUCUAAUACGUGAUCAAAUCAAAGAGCUUAUGGAUGUAUGCGAUGCAGAAUUAAUUGAAAAACUUCAUUCACCAGAUUAUAAUGAUAUUAAUGGCAUAUUAGAAAAAUUAAAAGUUGACAAAACUAAAGGUCGAGGAGAUGGUUUAAGACACAAAAAUGAAAAGUAUGAUAUUGCACUUUGGUCUGGUACACAAGUUAAGAAAGGUAAUUGUCAAAUGGUGGUUCUUUGUGUUGGUCUUAAUACUAAACUCGGACAGAUUAUAACUUUACUUGAUACAUUUUUUGCUUCUUGA